GUUCAGUCUGUGCUGCGCAGACAAAACUAUGUGAUGGUUAACACCAUAAGGAGCCGGAGUGUGAGGGGCUGGGUUUAAACGCGCGGUGUGCCAGCGGCAGCGUGCGCACACUACUGUACAUGGAUGGAGCCGCUCGUCUAUGUGUGACCGGCAGAGCUCCGUGAGAAAACCCCGCUGCGGGUCUGAGGCGACGCUGCGAAAUCACGUCGUUGGACGAUGGCAAGCCUGGCCACAGCUUGUACAUAACCUGCACGUAGCUACUGUAGAACAGCCUGGGGCACGUUGAAUCCCGAACUGAAGGAAUGUGCCGUUUCAUUGACACGGUCUGGUAAAGUAACAUUAGGAGGUCAGCCCUGACGGUGAAGCCUGUUUAUGCGCCGAAUUUGCUGUCAGUCGCGGUAAUGAAGGCUUUUACUUGAAUGAAUGCUGCUGUGGCACAGGUUUCUUAUAGGCACAUAUAUCUACGGAACUGGAAGAAGUGGUGAAGGUAAAAAUUAUCGAAGCAUCCCGGCAAAGGGAGACUGUGUCCAGAUAGAGCAUUUGGGAACCUUUUGACUGUGGAUGUGAGUCUAGCGCAUCAGUUAAAGCCCAGAAGACAGCAAGCUGCGCUGGAGGGAGCAGGGGAACCGGGAGAUCCAGUAUAAAUGAAGAGAAACAUGUGAAGACCCUUGCAACACUUUGACCUGCAAGUUAGCCUUCAACAAUAAAAAGGCAAAGAUCCCCUCCCUUCUUCCCUUCAUCCCUUCUCUCUGCUUCCGCUGCAGUUUCCUUGCAGGCCCGUUAAAAAUGGAGGGCCGGUGGGCUACACACAGGACUUUAUCACCUGACCCUAAAGUGGGAGCUGUAGCCGUUCUACUAGGUUUCUGGCUCUUAGCCAUCCCUGCCAUGUGCAGUGGACAGACCUUCACUAGUUUCCACCCUGAACGUCGGGAUUGGGUCUUUAACCAUCUGACGGUUCACCAAAACACAGGGUCAUUGUAUAUUGGAGCAGUCAACCGUGUGUACAAGCUAUCAGGCAAUCUGACUCUCCUUGUUUCCCAUGACACCGGCCCAGAGGAUGACAACAAGGCCUGCUACCCCCCUCUGAUUGUCCAGCCCUGUUCUGAGCCCCUUGUCUCUACCAACAAUGUCAACAAGCUUCUCCUUAUUGAUUAUUCCCAAAAUCGGUUGCUGGCCUGUGGUAGUCUCUACCAGGGUGUCUGUAAGCUCCUCAGAUUAGAUGACCUCUUUAUCCUAGUGGAGCCCUCCCAUAAGAAAGAGCACUACCUCUCCAGUGUCAACCAGACUGGGACCAUGUAUGGGGUCAUUGUGCCUUCGCAGGGCCAGGAUGGCACCCUAUUUAUUGGCACAGCAGUCGAUGGCAAACAAGACUACUUUCCUACCAUCUCUAGUCGAAAGUUGCCACGUGACCCUGAAUCUUCCGCUAUGCUUGACUAUGAGUUGCACACUGACUUUGUGUCAUCCCUCAUCAAGAUACCAUCAGACACGCUGGCACUGGUCUCCCACUUUGACAUCUACUAUGUCUACGGCUUCGCCAGUGGCGGCUUUGUUUACUUCCUGACUGUCCAGCCUGAGACGCCAGAGAACAGCAUGGCAUCAAGUGGAUCUACCAGUGACCUUUUCUACACUUCUCGGAUAGUCCGCCUCUGCAAAGACGACCACAAGUUUCACUCAUACGUCUCUCUCCCUGUUGGCUGUGUUAAGAAUGGCGUUGAGUACCGGCUACUGCAGGCUGCCUACCUCGGCAAGCCGGGCCGCGUUCUUGCUGCCUCACUCAACAUAAGCGCCCAAGAUGACGUGCUGUUCACCAUCUUCUCUAAGGGCCAGAAGCAGUUCCAUCGCCCGCCAGAUGACUCCGCUCUCUGCGUCUUCACCAUUCGAGACAUUAAUGCACGGAUCAUGGAGCGCCUGCAGUCCUGCUACCAGGGAGAAGGAAACCUGGAGCUCAACUGGCUGCUUGGAAAGGAUGUGCAGUGCACCAAAGCGCCGGUGCCCAUUGAUGACUCUUUCUGUGGUCUGGACAUCAACCAGCCACUCGGCGGUUCUCAGCUGGUGACUGGUCAUACUCUUUACACAGAGACUCGAGACCGCAUGACUUCUGUCACCUCCUACGUCUACAAUGGCUACUGUGUAGCCUUUGUGGGCACCAAGAGUGGACGCCUAAAGAAGAUUCGUGUUGACGGGCCUCCCCACGGAGGUGUCCAAUAUGAGACUAUAGCGGUCAUCAAGGACGGCAGCCCUGUCCUCAGAGAUAUGGCCUUCUCCCUCGACCGCAACUACCUCUACAUCAUGUCUGAGAGACAGGUUACCCAGGUUCCCAUUGAGUCCUGUGAGCAGUACGGGACCUGUGGAGAGUGUCUGAGCUCCGGGGACCCGCAUUGCGGCUGGGGUGUUCUGCAUAAUAUAUGCUCUCAGAGGAACCGGUGUGAGCGUGCAGAUGAGCCCUAUCGUUUUGCAGCUUCUCUCAACCAGUGCGUGAAGGCAACUGUGUACCCAGACAGCAUUGCAGUGUCAGAGCCCAGCGUACCUCUGCUGGUGAAGGUGAGCGAUGUUCCAGACCUUUCUGCAGGCAUCACCUGCUCCUUUGGCAACCUCACGGAGGUGGAGGGCCAUGUCAAUGGCAACCAGAUACUCUGUGUGUCUCCUGCUGCCAAGGACGUCCCCCUCAUCCCCACCGACCAAGACUGGUCAGGCGUUGAGCUCAGGCUCAAUUCUAAGGAGACUGGUCAGAUGCUCAUCAGCACAGAGGUCAAGUUUUACAACUGCAGCAUCCAUCAGCUGUGCCUGUCGUGUGUGAACAGUGCUUUCCGCUGCCACUGGUGCAAAUACCGCAACUUGUGCACCCAUGACCCCUCCAGCUGUUCUUUCCAGGAGGGACGAGUGAACACUUCUGAGGACUGUCCCCAGCUGGUGCGCUCGGAGGAGAUUCUGAUCCCAGCAGGAGAAGUGAAGCCCAUCACCCUAAAGGCCAGGAACUUGCCACAGCCCCAGUCUGGCCAGAGAGGCUACGAGUGUGUCCUCCACAUCCAGGGGGUCAGCCACCGAGUCACUGCCCUCCGUUUCAACAGCUCUAGCGUGCAGUGCCAGAAUAGUUCGUAUCUGUAUGAAGGAAUGAAAAUCAGUGAGCUGCCUGUGGAUUUCUCAGUGGUGUGGAACGGCAACUUCAUUAUUGAUAACCCAGAGAAUAUCCAAGUGCACCUGUACAAGUGUGCAGCCCAGCGGGACAGCUGCGGCAUGUGUCUGAAGGCAGAGAGGAAGUUCCAGUGUGGCUGGUGCAGCGGAGAAGGAAGGUGUACUCUGCGGCACCACUGUCCUCCCAUCAACCCUUACACCACCCGCUGGCUGAACCUGUCCAGCAAGAAUGUCAAGUGUACCAACCCACGCAUCACUGAGGUGACACCAGUUGCUGGACCCCCUGAGGGAGGCACACGGGUGACCAUCCAUGGCACGAACCUCGGUCUGGCCUUCUCAGACAUGGUGGGAAAUGUGGAGGUGGCAGGGGUGAGGUGUACUCCUGUAGAGGACGGCUACAUCAUCGCUGAACAGAUUGUGUGUGAGAUGGAAGCAGCUCCUGCAGACAGUAGACCGGGCCCAGUCCAGCUGUGUGUCGGAGAGUGCAGACCAGAACUCAGGGCUCGCUCCUCACAACUCUACUCCUUUGUGACUCCAACAGUCACAGGUGUGUCCCCUAGCAGAGGUCCAGAGUCUGGGGGCACCAAAGUAACAGUAAUGGGAGAAAAUCUUGGCGCCGGCAGCAGUGUCAGUGUUCAGUUUGGAAACCAGACAUGCGAGUUUUUUGGACGGACCAUGACGGAGAUAGUGUGCUACUCUGCCCCGUCUCUGUCUGGUGUUGGCCCAGUGCAGAUCAGUGUGAGUGUGGAUCAUGCCCAGAUCAGGGAGAGCCUCACUUUUGACUACAUAGAAGACCCCACCGUCCAGCGCAUUGAACCAGAUUGGAGCAUUGCGAGUGGCCACACCCCUCUGAUGGUGACAGGGACCAACCUGGACGUGGUUCAAGAGCCCAGGAUCCGAGUCAAGUACGCUGGCCGAGAGUCUGUCAAUGUGUGCAAAGUAAUAAACACUACCAGUAUGAGCUGCUUCGCUCCCUCCCUGAUGGCAGAGUACCAUCCAGGUCUGGACACCGUAAAGCACGCAGACGAGUUUGGGUUCAUCUUCAACAACGUGCAGGCACUUCUGGUCUAUAACAACACCAACCUCCUCUACUACCCAAACCCUUACUUUGAGCCACUCAGCACCACCGGUGUCCUGGAGCAAAAACCAGGCUCACCCAUCAUUCUCAAGGGCAGAAACCUGGUUCCCCCAGCAUCAGGAGGGGUGAAGCUUAACUACACGGUACUGAUCGGAGAGACCCCCUGCUCUGUCACUGUGUCUGAGAGCCAGUUGCUCUGUGAACCACCCAAUCUCACUGGACAAUACAAAGUCAUGGUUCAGGUAGGUGGUCUCCAUGUCUCUCCUGGUGCGGUCCACAUCAUGUCGGACAGCCUGCUAACACUUCCAGCCAUCAUCAGCAUCGCCGCUGGUGGAGGCCUCCUCCUCAUCAUCGUCAUCCUCGUCCUCAUUGCCUACAAGCGGAAGUCACGUGAAAAUGAUCUUACCUUGAAGCGCUUGCAGAUGCAAAUGGACAACCUGGAGUCACGAGUUGCCCUAGAGUGCAAAGAAGCCUUUGCCGAGCUACAGACAGACAUCAAUGAGCUGACCAGUGACCUGGACAGAGCUGGUAUCCCCCAUCUGGAUUACAGGACUUACGCCAUGAGGGUCCUCUUCCCCGGCAUAGAGGAUCAUCCUGUCCUCAGAGAACUGGAGGUGUCAGGUAAUGGCCAGCAAAAUGUGGAGAAGGCCCUGAAGCUGUUUGGUCAGCUCAUCAACAACAAAGUGUUCCUGCUCACCUUCAUCCGAACACUGGAAAUGCAGCGUUCUUUCUCCAUGAGGGACCGUGGAAACGUGGCCUCACUUAUCAUGACGGCCCUGCAGGGGCGAUUGGAGUACGCCACGGACGUCCUUAAACACCUGCUGUCAGACCUCAUCGAUCGCAACCUGGAGAGCAAGAACCACCCCAAACUGCUGCUGCGCAGAACAGAGUCAGUUGCAGAAAAGAUGCUUACAAACUGGUUUGCCUUCCUCCUUCACAAGUUUCUGAAGGAGUGUGCUGGGGAGCCUCUCUUUAUGCUGUACUGCGCCAUCAAGCAGCAGAUGGAAAAGGGGCCCAUUGAUGCCAUCACUGGAGAGGCCCGCUACUCUUUGAGUGAAGACAAGCUCAUCCGCCAGCAGAUUGAGUACAAAACCCUGAUCCUGAACUGUGUGAACCCAGACAAUGAAAACAGUCCAGAGAUUCCAGUAAAGGUGCUGAACUGUGACACCAUCACCCAAGUAAAGGAGAAGAUACUAGAUGCAGUUUACAAGAACAUGCCCUAUUCUCAGCGACCACGUGCUGUGGACAUGGAUCUUGAGUGGCGCCAGGGACGAAUGGCUCGUGUGGUGUUGCAGGAUGAAGACAUCACCACCAAGAUAGAAAAUGACUGGAAGAGAUUGAACACUCUCAUGCACUACCAGGUGUCAGACCGCUGCGUUGUGGCUUUGGUGCCAAAACAGACAUCAUCAUACAACAUCCCUACAUCAGCCAGCAUAUCGCGAACCUCCAUCAGCAGAUAUGACUCUUCGUUCCGCUACACGGGCAGUCCCGAUAGCCUCCGCUCGCGUGCCCCCAUGAUCACCCCUGAUCUAGAAAGUGGUGUGAAGGUGUGGCACUUAGUGAAGAACCACGAACACGGAGACCAGAAGGAAGGAGACCGCGGUAGCAAGAUGGUCUCUGAAAUUUAUCUGACCAGGCUGCUAGCUACCAAGGGUACACUUCAAAAAUUUGUCGAUGACUUAUUCGAGACGUUGUUCAGUACGGUUCACAGGGGGAGCACUCUACCUCUGGCCAUCAAAUACAUGUUUGACUUCCUGGAUGAGCAGGCAGACAAACAUGGCAUUCAUGACACAGAUGUACGCCACACGUGGAAAAGCAACUGCCUUCCUUUGCGUUUCUGGGUGAACGUGAUCAAGAACCCGCAGUUUGUCUUUGACAUCCACAAGAGCAGCAUCACAGAUGCCUGUCUGUCAGUAGUAGCUCAAACUUUUAUGGAUUCUUGCUCCACUUCAGAGCACCGCUUAGGCAAAGACUCCCCAUCCAAUAAGCUGCUCUACGCUAAAGAUAUCCCCAAUUACAAGAGCUGGGUAGAGAGGUACUAUGCUGACAUCAACCGGCUGCCAGCCAUUAGUGACCAGGACAUGAAUGCUUAUUUGGCAGAACAGGCCAGACUCCACUCUACAGAAUUCAACAUGCUGAGUGCUCUCAAUGAGAUCUAUUCUUAUGUUAGCAAGUACAGUGAGGAGAUCACAGCAGCUCUGGAGCAGGAUGACCAAGCAAGGAAGCAGAGGUUGGCCUAUAAGGUGGAGCAGCUCAUCUCUGCCAUGUCCCUUGAGAGCUGAGAGUGACUCCUAUUGAAAGAGAGAAAGAAAGAAAGAAAGAAAGAGGACCAUAAUCUCUACAGGACCUCCCAAAUAGGUCCUGCUUUACUUACCUCUCAUAGUGGGAGCUACAACCACAAACCAGACCCGGGACAUCUGUAUCCACAGCCGGACAGACAUAGAACUGCUUUAGUUUGUACUGUAAUUCUCCCUCUUUCCUUCCAUGAUGGUGUCAGCUAAGGGUCCACAGUCUGAGACAGAUGCCCUGCAGCUGGAUCUGAUUAUGGCAUAAGGAAGGAACAUCAGCAGAGAAAGCAACAGCAUAGCUUGUAUUUAUUAUUCUUUUAUCUGGUUUCUUUUAGAGAGGAAAUGGUAUGUUGUGUGUGUGUGUGUUUGUGGGUGGGGGGUGCAUGAGUGUGUGUUUGUAAUGAAGAAGACUCGUGCAAAGACAGUGAGGGCAGAUGGAGAAACAGAUUUGCUCUCUACUCACAAACAUACAUCUGAGUGUGAAAUGAAGAUGACAAGGAGAGAAGCAGAGGAGCGGUUCUCAUGUUGGACAGCUGAGUUUGCAUUCAGAUUUCUCAGAUUUUUAUUUUUGUAUUUGUACAUGUGAAUAUUCUCAGUUGCACCCAGGCUCCCAUAACGUUGUUGUUUAACAGACAUGAAGAGUGGUGUGGAAGUAAAGGAGACCACAGUCCAUGUCUCCUUCCCUCCUCGGACCGAUGCUUCACAUGACAUGGACAAAAACUCUGCUCUUUAUCUAAUCAGCAGUGUACAGAAACUCAUAAAACUCCCAGUCAGUGGAGCUGCACGUGUGGAGGUCACAGUUCAGCCAGCAUGCUUGCACCUAAAGUGAAGAUGACAGAGAUGAAGUCUAUAGUGUAUUUAUUGUAGGAGAUGACCUUAAAUCACCCUGGCUUUUUUCAGCAGUUAAGUCAUCUGUGUAUGUACCGGUUGAUAUUUGCCAAUCAGUGUAUGUGAAUGUACAAAACUGUUUUUAUUUGUUUGUUUGUCUUUAUGUCUAUUUGAGCUUUGCAAACAGGAAGGGGCUCCUCUGAACCCCAUAGAUAUUUGCAGCAGCUCAUCAAGUGAACAGCUCUGUGUGUCCAUCCUGGCCCAGCCUAUCCAGCUGAUUAAUUAGCCUAAUUCACUUUUCUGCUAGAAGCAAGUGCAUAUUUCCUGCACUGGGGCUGUCACAGCUAGCAGCCAGUGGAUAAUGAGAGUAAUUGGUUUCUGUAGGCUAAAACUCUUUAUCAUAUAUCCACUGGCUGUAUCUCUUUAGACACUUUAUCAACUUUAUGUGUACUUUGCAUGCAUGCUAUCACACAUUAAAACUGUUUAGGGGUUCAUCUUUGAUUUUAUCAAGUGCCAAUCAGAUAUACCAGCCCUAGUUGGCCAGUAGAGAUGUUAGCUCACCCGACCACCGCUCAUGUCUUUGCACAGAGAGCCCUAUCUGUGUGGGUCUAGUUUGACAAAGUGCCAAAAGAUCCUGUUGUUUCAAAAUGUUCACUAAUGUGUCAAAAAAUCGGUUAAUGCUUUACAGAGGGAGAAAAACUCUCAUAUUGGAGUGUAAAGCCAGUUAGUGUUGAAGCUGGAAUGGUGAGUUU